UUUCAGUGUUGAAAUAUGGUAAUCCUAAAAAAGUUGGCAACUCUCCCUUCAGUACUGUGUGUUCCCCACCCAGGAGCACCAGCCCCCUCUGUAAUGUGUCUCAUGCCUAGACCUGCACUUGGGCUCGAGUCAUCGGAGGCCUCGAACGGGUCCGUCUUUAUUUUCAACAGGGGACAGAAUACACAUGACUCGGGGAGAGGGAUACCUAGCCCGCCCAAGGUUCCAGCCGCGCAGCCGCAGCUCAGUUUUUAACACGCGAGGGAGGGGCGCGCGCCGCGGUGCACGCUUUAUAGCGGGCACUAAGGCCCUGAAGGAAAGUGGAUUUGCUGAGGUGACUAAGCCACUGCCUGAUCAAAGUCCUCGGUGUUCCGCCCCCUUCCCCUUCCCGGCUGUCCAGGUCGUAAUGCGAAAGCUGGGCGUCGGUCAGGAGGAACAGGCGCGGGAAGGAGAUUCCGCGGAGAGGGAGUUCUACCUUUCGAGGCGCUACUCCGACAGCUAUGGCGGAGAAGCCCUGCGUUUCCAUAGCAACAAACUAAACGGGAAGUGACGGUGUCACUGAGAGCUGGUAAACGGAGUCCUGUCCGCUGCCGGCAUCACCUCGGCGGGGCUCCUGUGGGCGGGCCCCGCUUGCUCGGUCGCGGGAAGGGGGUGUCACUGCACGGGGAGCAGCUCGUACCCCCGGAGGGGACAGGAGGUGUUGGCGGGGCGGCGGAUUGCGCCCCUCUUGCCCCGCCCCCUCAGCCUGUUCCUUCCAGCGGGGCCAGCUCGCUGCCGCCCGCCACGGGCCGAGCUUUCCAAACAGUCACUUGCCAGGGGAGGCUGUUAAUCAUCCUGUGAUAAGGCUAAGGCAUAGCGGUAAUUAACAUUCCACUUACUGAUCUAAUUAUUUGUGUUGCUAUUGGUAAUCAGAUCAAAGGAAGGCUAACAUGAGAGAUGGUUUGACUUUGCAAAAAUGAUGUAUAUUUGCAGCUAGUAAAAAUGGGCUUUCCAAAGGAGUGCUUAGUAAGCUGUGAAAAAAAUGUAAAUGCAUCCAGUUAGAUAUCAAGACGUAAAAUUAAGAAUACAAUGGGUGAAAUGGGAGAGACCAGAUUUUUUUUUUGCAAUAAAUAUGGAGGUAAUUGCAAUAUAAUUCAGAUGUGUCCAACACAAGCAUUGUGGUGUCAUGCAGGUAAUAAAGGCAACUAUUUUACUCUCAACACAAAUUGGAAACAAAUGGAAAAGCAAAUAUAUGAAUGGGAGGAUAAAGCACUGGUGAUGAUGUAGGAGCACAGUUUGUCACUGGUUCUAAUAAUUUUACAAAUCAAGGUUCUACAGUAGAUUGCAAUUCACUUUUUCAUCAUUUAUUUCCAGUGCCAAACCAAAGUAGAUACUAGAGCUCAAUUCAGUGUACUCACAAGUGUAUGUGAAAUGGUUAGUGCCUGUUUCAUGUUAAAUAUUAAAACCAAGCUUUUUAAACACACACAAAAUUUUGGAUGCAAAGCACCAUGUCUGGUUCCUGACUCUGGCACUCCUUGUACCAUACACCAAAGUUUUAGUUCUAUAAAAAUGAUGAAGCCCAGCAACAAUUUUGAUUUAAUUUUGCUUGCAGGUUAUUUCAUCAUUGAAAAUUCCUUGAAUAAAAGAAUAGUAAAGCACUCAAUGUCUCUCAAUCAAAUGCCUGUUCCUGGGCCACCAUCUGCGUCCAAACCAGAGGGCAGAAAAAUGAAAGGUAGUUUAUCUCUGGUACCUGUCAGCAGUAGAAGUGCAGAGCUCCCUCAGCUAAGAAACAAAUCAAGUAUGCUGGACUGUUCAGGGCCUCUUCCCACUUCCCUACAGUGUGAUUUCAUCCCAAAAGAGAUCCUCCUAGCUCUGACUUCUGCGGCCAGUAGUGCCUAUAGCCCUGAAUACUUAAGACCCCCCAAGAAAAACAAAAGUGCAAAAGACUUCAAGGGGAGCAUGCGUGUCCCAGAUGGGCUCUGGCAACAUCCCAUUCGCAGGAACAAGUUCAAAUACCUCAUAGACCAUCCCGUCUGUCUGACGGGAGCUGGAAGGGAUGUCUCGUUUCUAUAUGACAUAGCUGGAAAAGAAGAUGAAAGAAAGAUGUCUCCAGCAAGCCCUUUAGCUGAACCACAUCGUUAUGGUUCAUCCAUGACUAGUGCUACAAGUGUAGCAGAUAGCCUGGUCCCUGAAGAAUUUCACAUAGUGAAGAACAAAGGAGUCUUAGGCUUGGAGUAUUAUGAUGAUAAAUACACAACUCUACUUGAAGAUAGUGAAAAUAGAUUGCGGCUAUUCCCAUCCAUGAAACCAUCUGGGAGAUUAGAGGUCAUCCAGCUGAUGAAGGUGAUGGACACCAUGCUGGAGAAGGCUGGAGUAGAUGAUGAGCAAAUUGGGAUAACAGGACCUUCACAGUUGCACAAUGUAUUGGAGGUUCUGAAGACAGAGCAGAACAUUUACAACAUAGUGUUCCAUGAGCUGAUUCGACAGGUCAGUGUGGAUUGUGCAGAGAGAGGAGAACUGCUUUCUAAGCUUAGGCAGAGGUAUGUGAAUCUGCUGGAUCGAAUCCCCCAACAGAUGAGAAACCUUUACAAAGAAAUGAUGGCGCAACGAGUAAUGGACAGGCACAUUACAGAAGAGUUAUACAACUUCAAGGAAUCUAUUGGACAGCUGACCAGUGAGCUAUGCGAGGUCCGAGAACAUGACUUCAGGGUGACGAGAGAAGCAGAACGGGCCCAUGAGGAGCUGGCUGAUGCAGUGCGGGACGCUGAGCUGAAUGCAAAUCUUGUGGAAGAAUAUCGUGAGUUGUAUGAGUUACAAAGAGCGAGGCUUGAGACCCAGCUGCUCCAGUUAACCCAAGAGAAAGAAAUCUGGAGCUCAGCUACAUAUGACCUGGCAAUGAAGGUGAUCGAAAGAAACCAGCUCACGUUGUCUCGCAAGCUCUAUGUCAGUGAAAAGGCAUGGACCAAAGUCAUCAGACACUUUAUAGUGCUUCUGGCAUCACAGGACACAGCAGACCUUUCCGAUUUGCAGGAGAUGACUGAGCAGUUCAGGGAGCUGUUGGACCGCAUUGGAAUUGAAGUGGAACAUGCUGAAAACUCCAGCAGGGAGAAGCUGCGAGUGGUUCAGAAUGGCCUCACCAAGUGGAUGCAGUACUUCCAGGACAAUGUUUUCGGGAAAGCAAGCUUCUCUAAUACGAAGGGAGAGAUAUUGGAGGAAAUCCUACAGGACUUCAAGAACUUGGAAAAUAUGUUGAAUGAGGACCUGGAGCAAUAUGGAGGGGAAGUUCUACUAAUGAAGAAGGAGACCCUCAAGACUGCUGCCAACCUGCAGAAACGCUGGACAGAGCUGGGACAAACAGUGCUUAGUCGUCACAAGGACAUUAAUGGGGUGUUGCCUCCAGAGCUCAGGGCCAUGGAAGAAAUAAAUGAACGUGCAAAUGAGCUCUGCCAGCAGUACAGCGUAAGAAUAAAUGGGGAGAAUGGGGUAACCAGGAUUUUGACAGGUUUAGUGAGCAGUAUGGAAGAUUGGACGUUCAAGAUGCUAACCAACAAGCGAGGAUCUGGCAUGCAUGACUCUGAUUGGCUGAAAUUGUUUCGAGUGAUUCCUGAUUGGCUGACCCAGGUGGCUGCACUGAUGACAAUUAUAGGUUCCGGACAGUCUCAUGAGGAUCGGAGAAAUAGAAAGCCUCAUGCCUCGGUCGUUUCAGGUGAUGUGUUUAAGAUGAUUCAACAAUGGAUCUUGACCACAACUUCUGGGGCUGAGAAGGACAACAUACAGCUCACACAGAAAAUGAUUGAUCUCCACAAAGACCUGACCAUGUGGAUAGUGAAUUUCCUGACUUUGAUGGUACCUGACCACUCCUCCAAUAAGGGUCUCCUAGAGAAUGAGUCAGAAGCUGCUAAGGAUCAAGAGCUCAAGAGGCUAAGGGGCUAUAAAUUAGAGGAAGAAGCUAUGAACCUGGUUCCCAAACUGAGCAGAUUCUCCAGCUACGUAAUGAGCUGCUGCAAGGAGUUGGUAGAUGUUACAGUUCGGAAGAAACAAGCUGAAGCAGAUUCAGACUACAAUUAUGAGCUGCGGGAGCUGGAGAAAAUCAAGACCGAGUGCCUUGAUUGGAUUAAUACCUGCAAUCUCCUGCUUUCUGAAUUCAAAGGCUCUCCAGUCUCCUUACUGAGUUUAGAAGAGCAGAGGAACCUGUUUGGGCCUCAGGAGACCCAGCCACAGAUGCACUCAAUUGUUGUGGACUCUUUACCUGAAGAAAUUUCUGAGACUUCUUCUGAACUUGGGAAAGACAAAACUGAAGAUGUUGAUGUUGAUAAGAAAUCUGUGAAAGGGGAAGAAGUGUUAGGGGAAAAGCAGGAGCCACCUGUGCCAGACGUCAGCAGUGACGUCCCAACUGUAAGCAGUGAGAUAAUGGAGGACACCAUCAGAUACCUAGGACAUGACUCCAACAUCCAUUUGAAAUCCCUCAAGUCAACAGCGGUGUCGGUCUCUGGGAGAGAGAUGACUGCCAGCAAAUCAACAACCCCAUAUUCUCAAAAGGAGUUUGAGACCUUGGCUUCACUAGAACGUCUGCAAGAGCAGCUCCUAGAAGCUGAGAUCCGUGCUCAGGAUGCAGAGGAGAGAUCAGAAAGUCUGGAUGAGCAUCUGGAAGAAGCUCUGGGGAGAAUCCAGGAUCUAGAGAAACAGCUGGAAAAAGCACUCAAAGCCCAGGAAGUAGCACCAAAACCAGAAGUCCCUUCCCAAGAAGAAUCCAAGCCAACUUCUCAUAAACCAUCUGCCGCUGCCCGGUCCAGGAAAACCAGCAGACCCAAACAUUAAAGAGUAGCAAUGCCCAGCGAAAGUCGUUUGGUUCCCAUUUGUAGUAGACUUUCAGCAUAACACUGCCCAUCUCUGGGGCUCCAGAUACACUUUAAUUCCAAGUUCUUUAGUAUAGCAAAAUGACUGGAACACCCUCUAAUGCACCCUCCCAAGGAGAGCUUUAGACAAAGCACUGGAGAGGAUCUUUUCUUGGUUUAUAAAUUAUCUGAAAACCUCACGCUGGGUAAUGCAGUGUUUUAGUGUAGUUGCCAGUCAUAAGUGGAGACUGGACUAGAACAGAACUUGUAGAAAAGGCUUUCAGGCCUUCUCAAUGUAUCUGUUAGUAGAGUCUUUUAAGAGAUCAGGUCAUAAACUUAUCACAGGCUAGCUGUACUGCCUCAGUUGGAACUUUGGGAUAAAUUGUCCAGAUCUCAGAUCCAUUCAUAAGUGCUCAGCUUGUAAACAUAAAUCUUGGGAUGGUUUCUUCCAGGUAUGGAGACAGAGGGAGGCUCCUGGGCCAGGUCUUUCUCAGAGUGGGACACAGGAUACUUUCUAAGUACUUAGAGGGGAGGUUUCCAACUAAUUUAUACAGGCGCAGUGUAUAGAAAAAGAAAAAAAGUUCUGUUCAGUGUUGCUUGAGAAAUAAUUAAGGCAGCAGACUCAGAAUACCUCUUCUGAGAGCCAUCAUUUCCAUGGUUAUUAUCCUUUUACAAGAUGUCCAUGGCUUUUGAUACUUUGGGACUUCUGUUAACAUGGGUGGUGAAUAGGAAAGUGCAACUCGGUUGGACUCACCCCUGCGGCGCCUCCUGCUGGUCAUCCAUGGGAAUUAGCUCUUCCAGCAUCCGGAUCGCCCUCUGCAGGCCAGUGAUCCACCUUACCACUGGCCCCCCCG